AUGAGUCCCAAUGCUGAUAGUAAUACCAGAGCCCAGCCGACAUACUUGAUUGGAACGAUCGGUAUGUUGAUGAGCGACGAGCCAAACUCGUGUGUUGAGAUUCACUUGGAGAAACGAUUGAUCCAAGGAGAAGAUGAAAAGGAAGGUUGGAGGAAACACCGACAAUGGACGGCGGCCGAUAUGCAGGGUGCGGCUCGCUUGAACCAGCAGCCAGUCCAUUUAAUCAUCAGAUUCCGCGGAACUUGGUCACAGGGAAUCGCCCAUGACCUCAAGACGACUCUGGAGGCAAAGCUCCAUGUGGACAUUUACAAGCCCACCUUCAACAGAAGUGACAACAGCUGGGAGUUUUGCGACGGCGUACGGGCUGAUCUACUGAUUGGAAAGGCCAAUUCGAACCCAUCAUCGUGCUACGUCAAGAAAAUCGACAUAGAUUCUCCUAUUUCCAGCAAUCCGUCUGGGCGAUCACCCCGAGCUGUACCCUUACUUGAUCAUGUACGCAUCCCAACCACGAUCCACUCCGAGCAGGUGGUGCAACCCACCUCACUAGGCCGCAGGGAGACUAAGGAGUUGCCCGGACCACAAUCAAAACCAACCCAGCUAGCAGCGGAGAACCGCUUGAGUGGGAGCCGAAACAUUGAUCACAAUCAGCCUCCUUUAAAAGCUCCACCAGCCUUGUCAUCAGGCAGUCAAAACUCACGUAAACGUGCACGAAUCCACUCUAGUGAAUCAACCCCACCAAUCCUUCACCCUCAUCAAAAUCCCGAUCAGUGCCGGACGUCGCCCCUCCCCAUUUCUGCCACCUCCAAUGCUUCAACGCGUCCUGAUUUUGCUGGCCAGACUUGCUCGAAGACCCCAAGGAAUAUUCCCCCAAAGCAUUUGCCUUUGAAGACAUUAGACGAUUUAGAAAGUGUGAAAGCAGAUCCGAACGAACGGUUCAACGUAAUAGCGAUUAUCCAUCACAAAGACGGGGCAACACACAACUCGUCGAGAACAGAAGCAAAUCUGGACAUGACGGUCAACCUGCGCGACUUUUCACGACCAAUUGACAAGGGGUCUGUGCAGUGCGACUUGUCUUGGAGGCCGGAAGUGGAAGACUUAUCAUGGGCAGCGUCGGGUGAUGAUUUAAUCAAGGUGAUAUUCCUUCACAAAGUCCACAGAGAAAACUCAAAGAAUGGCCUGGUCAAGAUUGUCGGCCAAACGGACUCCUCUCAAUAUGCCGUCUGGUCUCCCGUCUGCGACCGCUCAGCCGACAAGUUCUACUGCUCCAAUCAAAACCUUGAGCAAUUCAGCUCCUUCUUUGGCUUCACCACUGCAGGUCUGAAGGCUAAAGCCCGCACCCUUUAUCAAGAACAUGAAAAAGAAACCACACCCGCAGUCUCUUCGACCGUCCAUUCGGUUCCCACGAAGAUAUCUGAACUUAGUGUUCUUACUGCUAAAGAAGUUGAUUUGUGUGUUGAGAUUGUAGAUAUUUGGGUUUCAUAUACAGGAAAGCAUCGGAUCACGGUGACGGACUAUACGGAAAAUAAGAGUCUGAAAAUGUCAAUGCCGGAUCUGACAAGACCGGUGGGCAUUUUCCAUCGGCAACAUGGGGGUGACGAUCUGAAUUGGCCGGUGACAGCAGGGCGGUUUCUAACUAUCUACGUCCAGUCGACGAUCCUAGAGGUGAUCUACCAGCGAUUUAAUCCGACCGGCUCCCGUGAAAUGCCUUCUCCGGAUGACUGCCGUCAAAUAUUGAUUGGUAAGGUUGUCCGGCUGAACCAGCUGCACAUCUGCUUCCCCAAAGGCCAAGGCCAGAAUGCCCAAAUCGAGAUCUAUGCCACCAUGGACAACGUCAACCAGUCUGAAACCGACUUUAUCGCUUCCCUUGCUAAAAGAAUUAUACCACCCUCCGAGUCCGACCCCGCCUUCAAAAAACUGUCAGAUAACAAAGAAUUAUAUGAGGGCGAAAUGAAUAAACCUGUCUAA